AUGAGUGGUGGAAAGGUCGAAAAACAACCGGUUUUGGAAAGUGUUGAACAGCGAGAAGAAGUGCAGUCUGAGCAGGAUAAAUUGCGAGAGCCUGAGAGUCAACCUAAGCGCAGUCAAGUUCAAGAGGAAAAGAAAGAUAUUAUUCCCACGGAUGAACAGAAUGAGAAGGAAUCUCAAGUAAAGGCAAGCGAGGAAGGCGAUAUGCUUGAGGACCGUGAAGAAGUGGAUGACGAAGUGAAAAAGUAUUGUGAUCUUGAUCCUCUUCGUCGUCCUCACCUAGAUAUUAAUCCACAUUGCCCACCGCAGCGUUAA